GGCAGCUAGUGAAGAGGAUUUUAUACCGCGAAUACCUAGCGAGAGCAAGAGUGGUGAGAGUAAGAGGAGAACGGGCGAGAAUGUCAAGCAUUUGCUAUCAUUUGUUUCUCCAUCCAGCUUCUUCGCGAUCCAGUAGAAGCUACACGAAGGCUUCAAGAUGCCCCGGCAUUUCUCAGCUCCAGUCAACUUCAUUACAAAAUGCAUCUAACAAGUUGUCUUUCCACUACUCCUUUUGUUAUCCCCAUAAAGUCCACAGAAAUACUCAGGCAGUUGAGCCUACUUUUGCAAUUUCAACCAUGUUGAAAGAUACAACAGUUGAAAAUGCUGAAAACAUUGGAGUUCUCAGUGUAGACCCGUCUUUAGAACCAUACAAGGACCAUUUUAUUUAUAGAUCAAAAAGAUAUUUUGAGCAGAAAGCGCUAAUUGAAAAAUAUGAAGGGAGUCUCGAAGAAUUUGCUCAAGGUUAUCUGAAGUUUGGGUUUAACAAAGAAAAAGAUGGAAUUGUAUAUCGGGAAUGGGCCCCUGCUGCUCAGGAAGCUCAACUGAUAGGAGACUUCAAUGGCUGGAAUGGAUCCAACCACAAGAUGGAAAAAAAUGAAUUUGGUGUUUGGAUGUUAAAAAUUCCGGACAAUGGGGGCAAACCAUCAAUUCCUCAUAAUUCAAGGGUAAAAUUUCGUUUCAAGCAAAGCAAUGGGACAUGGGUUGAUAGAAUUCCAGCCUGGAUCCGAUAUGCGACAGUUGAUCCUAAUCAAUUUGGAGCUGCAUAUGAUGGAGUUUACUGGGAUCCACCCCCCUCAGAAAGAUAUGAAUUUAAGCACCCGCGCCCUCCAAAGCCUAUAAGUCCACGUAUAUACGAGGCUCAUGUUGGUAUGAGUUGUCCUGAACCACGCAUAAGUACAUACAGAGAAUUUGCUGAUGAUGUUCUGCCUCGUAUUCGAGCAAAUAAUUAUAACACAGUUCAAUUAAUGGCUAUCAUGGAGCAUUCCUAUUAUGCAUCUUUUGGGUAUCAUGUCACAAAUUUCUUUGCUGUUAGUGGCAGAUCUGGAACACCUGAGGAUCUCAAGUAUCUAAUAGACAAAGCACAUAGUUUUGGUCUGCUUGUUCUUAUGGAUGUUGUCCACAGCCAUGCGAGUAACAAUGUAUCUGAUGGCCUUAGUGGCUUUGAUGUUGGACAGAGAACGCAGGACUCUUAUUUCCAUACUGGGGAGAGUGGUUACCAUAAAUUGUGGGAUAGCCGAUUAUUCAACUAUGCUAACUGGGAAGUUUUGCGGUUUCUUCUCUCAAAUCUAAGAUGGUGGUUAGGUGAAUUUCAGUUUGAUGGAUUUCGAUUUGAUGGAGUGACUUCAAUGUUGUAUCAUCAUCAUGGUAUCAACAUCGCAUUCACUGGAAAUUACAGUGAGUACUUCAGUUUUGCAACAGAUAUAGAUGCUGUUGUCUACUUAAUGCUGGCAAAUUAUUUGGUUCAUCGCUUUUUACCGGAUGCGAUUACCAUUGCGGAAGAUGUUUCUGGAAUGCCAGCUCUUUGUCGCCCUCUCUCUGAAUGUGGAAUUGGUUUUAGUUAUCGUUUGGCAAUGGCAAUUCCUGACAAAUGGAUCGAUUACUUGAAGAACAAAGAGGAUUUAGACUGGUCGAUGCAGGAAAUUGUCCAUACUUUAACUAACAGAAGAUACACUGAAAAAUGCAUUGCAUAUGCUGAAAGCCACGAUCAGUCUAUUGUAGGUGACAAGACCAUUGCCUUUACUCUGAUGGAUAAUGAAAUGUACACUGGCAUGUCUGAUUUACAACCUGCUUCUCCUGUCAUUGAUCGGGGGAUUGCACUUCAUAAGAUAAUUCACUUCUUAACCAUGGCUCUUGGAGGUGAAGGUUACCUGAAUUUCAUGGGAAAUGAGUUUGGGCACCCGGAAUGGAUUGAUUUUCCAAGAGAAGGCAACAGUUGGAGUUAUGACAAGUGCCGACGGCAAUGGAGUCUUGUUGAUAAAGAUCAUCUGCGUUAUAAGUAUAUGAAUGAGUUCAACAGAGCUAUGAAUUUGCUAGAUGACAGAUUUUCCUUCCUUGCAUCGGCAAAGCAAAUUGUGAGCAGUGCAAGUGACCUGGACAAGGUGAUUGUAUUUGAACGUGGAGAUUUAGUCUUUGUGUUCAAUUUCCAUCCAGAGAAAACCUACCAUGGGUACAAAGUUGGUUGUGACUUGCCUGGAAAGUACAGAGUCGCCUUGGAUAGUGAUGCUUUUGAAUUUGGAGGACAUGGUAGAGUUGGCCAUAACGUGGAUCAUUUUACAAGCCCAGAAGGCAUACCAGGUGUACCAGAAACAAAUUUUAACAACCGACCAAACUCAUUCAGAGUCCUAGCACCAGCUCGCACCAGUGUGGUAUACUACAAGGUUGAUGAGAACGCCGAGAGAGAGUCUGAGGAGAAGGCUGCAGCAGAAGAUGCAACAAUAUUAGCAGGAGACAGCAACACUGAAGUUUAAGUUGUUGUGGUGAAGACAGCUUAAGAUGAGUAAAGGGAGAGUUAUCGAUGGAUUGCAUGUUAAGAUAAAUAAGGUUGGUCUUCUCAACUCUACUGAAAACUGUGACAAGGUUAAUAGUUCUUAAGUAAAUAAAGAUAUGUAAAUAAAUAAGAUUGUAAUAGUUUUUAAGUAAAUAAAUCUUCAAUAGUUC